GGCGCUUGGCUGGGCGCUGCGCGGCUGGACACGGGCCGGCCGGCGGCAGCAGGUGUGUGUGCCUUCUUCCUGCUUCUGGGAAAAAAUGCCGGUCCGGAAGCAAGAUACCCAGAGAGCAUUGCAUCUGUUGGAAGAAUAUCGGUCGAAACUAAGCCAAACCGAAGACAGACAGCUCAGGAGUUCCAUAGAGCGGGUUAUUAGCAUAUUUCAGAGCAACCUCUUUCAGGCUUUAAUAGACAUUCAAGAAUUUUAUGAAGUGACCUUACUUGAUAAUCCAAAAUGUGUGGAUCAUUCAAAGCAGUGUGAGCCAGUCCAGCCUGGGAAUCCUUGGGAGAGUGGCAGCCUUUCAAGUGCUGCUGUGACUUCAGAGAGCCUGCCCGGCGGCCUUAGCCCUCCAGUAGAGAAAUACCGGUAUCAGGACGAAGAGGUGCUGCCUUCAGAGCGGAUUUCCCCGCAAGUCCCAAAUGAGGUGCUGGGUCCGGAGCUGGUUCACGUCUCGGAGAAGAGCCUGUCAGAGAUUGAGAAUGUCCACGGGUUUGUCUCUCACUCUCAUAUCUCACCUAUAAAGCCCACAGAAGCUGUUCCUCCCUCCUCUCCCAUUGUCCCUGUGACCCCUGCCCUGCCAGUCCCUGCUGAGAGUCCUGUCGUCCUGCCCUCCACACCACAGGCAAAUCCUCCUCCUGUGCUGGUCAACACAGACAGCUUGGAGACACCAACUUAUGUUAAUGGUACUGAUGCAGAUUAUGAAUAUGAGGAAAUCACACUUGAAAGGGGAAAUUCAGGCCUUGGUUUCAGCAUUGCAGGAGGUACAGACAACCCACACAUUGGAGAUGACUCAAGUAUUUUCAUCACCAAAAUUAUCACAGGAGGAGCAGCUGCCCAGGAUGGAAGAUUGCGGGUAAAUGACUGUAUACUGAGAGUAAAUGAAGCAGAUGUUCGUGAUGUAACCCACAGCAAAGCAGUUGAAGCAUUGAAAGAAGCUGGAUCGAUAGUGCGAUUAUAUGUGAAAAGGCGGAAGCCAGCCUCAGAAAAAAUCAUGGAAAUAAAACUUAUUAAAGGCCCUAAAGGUCUUGGGUUCAGCAUUGCUGGAGGUGUUGGAAACCAGCACAUUCCUGGGGAUAACAGCAUCUAUGUAACCAAAAUAAUUGAAGGAGGUGCAGCACACAAGGACGGCAAACUUCAGAUUGGAGACAAGCUUCUAGCAGUGAACAGUGUCUGUUUAGAAGAAGUUACUCAUGAAGAAGCAGUGACUGCCUUAAAGAAUACAUCUGAUUUUGUUUAUUUGAAAGUGGCAAAACCAACAAGUAUGUAUAUAAAUGAUGGCUAUGCACCACCCGACAUCACUAAUUCUUCUUCUCAGUCUGUUGACAACCAUGUUAGCCCGUCUUCAUACUUGGGCCAGACUCCAGCGUCACCAGCCAGAUACUCACCCAUUUCUAAAGCAGUGCUUGGAGAUGAUGAGAUCACUAGGGAACCUAGAAAAGUUGUUCUUCAUCGUGGCUCAACGGGACUUGGUUUCAACAUUGUGGGAGGUGAAGAUGGAGAAGGGAUUUUUAUCUCUUUCAUCCUUGCUGGGGGACCUGCUGACCUAAGCGGAGAGCUCAGAAAAGGAGAUCGCAUUAUAUCGGUAAACAGUGUUGACCUCAGAGCUGCAAGUCAUGAACAAGCAGCUGCCGCAUUAAAAAACGCAGGCCAAGCUGUCACUAUUGUUGCACAGUAUCGGCCUGAAGAGUACAGUCGUUUUGAAGCUAAAAUUCACGACUUGCGGGAGCAGAUGAUGAACAGCAGUGUCAGCUCAGGGUCAGGGUCUCUCCGAACCAGCCAAAAGCGGUCCCUCUAUGUCAGAGCCCUUUUUGAUUACGACAAGACUAAAGACAGUGGCCUUCCCAGUCAAGGGUUGAACUUCAAAUUCGGAGAUAUUCUCCAUGUCAUCAAUGCUUCUGAUGACGAGUGGUGGCAAGCCAGACAGGUGACCCCAGAUGGUGAGAGUGAUGAAGUUGGAGUAAUUCCUAGUAAACGCAGAGUUGAGAAGAAAGAACGAGCCCGAUUAAAAACAGUCAAAUUCAAUUCUAAAACAAGAGGAGAUAAAGGGCAGUCAUUCAAUGACAAGCGUAAAAAGAACCUCUUUUCCCGAAAAUUUCCCUUCUACAAGAACAAGGACCAGAGUGAGCAGGAAACAAGUGAUGCUGACCAGCACGUAACUUCUAAUGCCAGCGAUAGCGAAAGUAGUUACCGUGGUCAAGAAGAAUAUGUUUUAUCGUAUGAGCCGGUGAAUCAGCAAGAAGUUAAUUAUACCCGACCAGUCAUCAUAUUAGGACCUAUGAAAGACAGAGUAAAUGAUGACUUAAUCUCAGAAUUUCCUGACAAAUUUGGAUCCUGUGUCCCUCAUACAACUAGACCAAAGCGUGACUAUGAGGUGGAUGGACGAGAUUACCAUUUUGUGACUUCAAGAGAACAGAUGGAGAAAGAUAUCCAGGAGCAUAAAUUCAUUGAAGCUGGCCAGUAUAACAACCAUCUAUACGGAACGAGUGUCCAAUCUGUGCGAGCAGUAGCAGAGAAGGGCAAGCAUUGUAUCCUUGAUGUGUCUGGAAAUGCCAUCAAGAGGUUGCAGAUUGCACAGCUCUAUCCAAUAUCUAUUUUUAUUAAACCCAAAUCCAUGGAAAAUAUCAUGGAAAUGAAUAAACGCCUAACAGACGAACAGGCCAGAAAAACGUUUGAGAGAGCAGUGAGACUGGAGCAGGAGUUCACUGAGCAUUUCACAGCUAUUGUCCAGGGAGACACGCUGGAGGACAUUUACAAUCAAGUGAAGCAGAUCAUAGAAGAGCAGUCUGGUCCUUACAUCUGGGUCCCAGCAAAAGAAAAACUAUGAAGACAGAUGUUGCUCUUUCUUUUUUCCAUGGUCUCAUCUCUCUGCCCUGCUCUGGAGUCUGUCUUCAGUGUUCCUUCCACACUGACGCAGACCCCUCAUCACGGUCGGCGGUUGUGCCGCCUCUGACGUCUGUGUCCCUUCGUGUUGCGUCAUCUGUACUACUCUGUGUUCCUAUUGGUUUCUGGCCACUUUCAGAACUGAAGAUGAAUGGAUGAAUGGCCUGACCAGCUAUCUAGGGUUUGGGGAGAUGCAAAAUUGUAAAAUUCCUUAAUGUUUAAGGGAAAGUUAACUUCUAAGAGAUUUUCAGAAAAGCUUUGUAUACAUUCUUUUCCAAUCUCAGUACCAACGAAAGAAAAGUGGUUUUAAUCAGUGAUUCAGUGGACCUUGAGCAACUGUGCACGCUUAACUCUAAUAGCAUGGUUUGGCCAGUGUAUUAGCUCUCAAGUUCUUUCCUCAAUUGACUUCUGCUCUUAAAGUAAUUAUUUCAUUAAAAACAUAAGAAAAAUAGGGAUUUAUUUCAGAAUUAAUGUCUGAGUUAACUCAUAAUUUCAGGAGGGCUGUUCGUUACUCAUGACAGGCCUUUAUCAUGUGUGCCCUCCCCUGGGACACUUGCCAGGAAUAACCAUGGAAUGUUUUCAGUCGGCCUCUGCACUCUGUGGAGAGUGACUCAGCACGUUGUCCGUACACUUUGUGGUCACAGCUCUGUCAAGGUGCAGAGAGCCCACCUCACACACAGAUCUGUAGACGGAAGGCGUUUUGGUGGGUGUGUAGCAAUCAUGGCAGUGGAAAGGAGCCCAAUUCAUAGCCUAAAAUGUUGAUGUAUGCUGAGGGAGGGGUCAGAUUUUAAUGACUAUUUUACCCACAAUAACUGCCUAUUUUGUUAUAAUAAAAUAUAUAUAAAUAUAUAUAAAACUUUCUUUAACUAAACUGUAACUAUGGGAAUUAUUUUCUUUACAUAGUUGCACACACAAACAUAUAUAUAUAUUUAAAAUAUAUUUUUCUUUUGCCACCUACUUCUAACUUUUUGUUUGGUUUUUAAAUUAAAUAUUAAUUGAUGAGACUUACCGUCCUUAAUCAUGUGAACUGAAGCAAGUGUGUGGUGGCGAUGAGGAGGAGCCUCUAGGGAGAUUGGAUUUCGAGUCGACGCCAGGCCUGUUCUCCUCUUUCCUACAGAAUUCCAGAGGUUCCUAGGUUUUCUGUCAGUGCUGUGUUCUUGUCGUGGAGUUUGAUUUGGGUCCUCUGCCUUUCCUCCGAGUUCUCCUCAUUUUAUUACUAGACAAACUCCAUUUUUGAGAUUCCCCAAACACUUCAUCUUGCAUAGCUGCACUGAACUAGAAUGCCUCAGAAGUCAGUCCUCUACUCCAUUAUUAAUAUCAUUUGGCUUCCCAUUGCUCUUUGGAAUUGUUAUUCAAUAUGUGAUUUUGGCAACUCCUUAAAAUUUCUUAAAUGAGUACUGGUUUGUAAAGAAUUAUCCAUUCCAUUUAUGAGAAAGAGGAGAACAGUUAAUAAACUUUAUUGUAAAAUCCAUA